AUGGCCGUCAAGGAGCUAUGUUGCGUGUUCGUGGCUCUGUUCUGCGCCGGCGCAAGGGCUGAUACGAGCAGUUACAGUGUUCCCGAACCAACCAUCCAGGUUUUCCAACCGAAAGGUUUUCGGGCUACCAUUCCUGAUGCCACAAAUGUGGUAUACUUCCUCAUCCAAGGUCAAUUGAUCAAGAAGGACACCUCCACUAAACAAGACUUCCACGGCGGAGAGACCGGGUCUCCCGUGGAGAUCAAUGGCCAGAGGUUCUGGGUGGUGGACCUUCCCGAAGUCCAGCUAGAGAAGGGUGACAAGAUUGAGUACCUCGCGUUUGUGGCCAUCAAGAGCGACGGAUACAUCAGAGACAAUCUUGAGUAUACAGUUGAUGAUUUCGCCACAUUCACCCCACUACCCGAGCGGGUAGUAUACCCUCAGUACCCUGAGGUCGAUGGCACAACCACCAAGGCAUGUGAGCCCUCGGCCACUCGCCUGCAGAAGGGAGGCACCGUUUGUAAGGGUCAGGUCGUGUUCGAGGAGAAAUUCGACACGCUCAACAAGGACGUGUGGCAGGUUGAACACUACAUCCCUACCGAACACCCGGAGGUUCCCUUCGUGUCAUACCAGGCUUCAGCGGUGUCUGUGCAGAACGGAGAGCUGCACAUCACCACCUCGGAGCAGUUUAACGAGACCGCUUCUUUAUAUACCAACUUGGAUCUCGGCAUUGGAUGCACAUCCGGAGAAUCAGACCAGUGCUCAGUGGACCAAACCGAGCAGAGCGGACGAGCAGUCCCGCCCGUAAUCAGCGGCCGUAUCACCAGCAAGCUCGGAUUCGCCUUCAAGUACGGCACGGUCAGCGUCAGAGCCAAGUUCCCCAAGGGCGAUUGGAUCUACCCAGAGAUAUUGCUUGAGCCGUUCUUGAAGAAGUUCGGCAUCAACAGCAGGAACACUGGUAUUCUGAAGAUAGUCAGCGCUCGUGGCAACGCUAACCUGAAUAAGAAGCUGUACGGAGGCCCCGUCUUGGACUCGAGAUGCCACGACGCCCUGCUGGUCACGAAACCCGAGUCGGAGACGGCCUGGAGUAAUGACUUCCACGUGUAUUCUGCCAAGUGGACUCCUGAAUCUCUGGUCCUGUCCGUGGACGGCGAGGUUUACGCGACCGUGGAGCCGGCCGCUAACGGCCUGCGGGGCAAGCUUCCUGAGACCUGCUCCGGCGUCCAAGCCAAUGGCAUUGCGCCCUUCAACGAAUUCUUCUAUCUAACCCUCGGCGUAGCAGUGGGAGGUGACGCCGAAUUCCACGACUCGAACGACUCUAGCGCCCCCAAACCCUGGAGGAAUGGCCAGGUCAACGCCGCGUCCAAUUUCUGGAAGGACCACUCCUGGAAGGCAACCUGGACCCAGCCCGAGCUGGUGGUCGACUUCGUGAAGGUCGAAGCUUUGUGAAGCUGAGGGCUGUUCACGUCUUGAAUAUUGUU